CCAGCCUCGCAGGAUCUUUCCCUCCGGAUGACUGGGAGUGACGCAGGGCAGACGGAAAAAACUGGGGCUUGAGGGGAAGGACGGCGGUGAUGCAGGAAGGACAGUAGCUUUAUUUAUUUCACAGGUUAAAGCCCGAUGCACGAGCUGCCUGCCAGCACGGAGGACACGAGAGUCACCUGCAUGCAGGCAUCCCUGUAAAGAGAUAAUAGCUAAUAACCAUCAACUCAUCGUUGGGGCGGAUCAGUUUGGAUACACUCCCAGUGGCCUAGUCAUUCAUUUUUUCUCACUGAUCACCAAGUUGUAAGCCGCAUCCAGUGGGAGGAUUUUUGGACCCCUACUCCGUCGUGUCGGUAAACCUCCAUCAUGAACUACCUGCGUCGACGACUCUCGGACAGCAAUUUCAUGUCCAAUCUCCCCAAUGGCUACAUGACUGACCUCCAACGCCCCGACCCACCGCAGCAAAGCCCCGCAGUGUCACCCGGGCCGUCGGAGAGGCGCCAGUCCACCAGCCAGCAGCAGUCUGGAGGUGGUGGUGGAGGAGGAGGUGUAGGAAUAGGAGUAGUGGGAGGAGGAGGCGGAGGUGGUGGAGGCUCCGGCUUCUUCUCGUCCAUAUCCAAUGCUGUCAAACAGACCACGGCUGCUGCGGCUGCGACCUUAUCCGAGGCGGCGGACCGGGCCGGAGUCUCCAGCAAUGCCAAGAUCCUCCUGGUGAUCGAUGACCAGCAGACCGACUGGGUGAAGGUCUUCAGAGGAAGGAAGGUCCAUGGUGAAUUUGACAUCAAGGUAGAACAGGCAGAGUUCUCUGAAAUCAACCUGGUGGCUAAUUCCACAGGCACUUACAACGUGGACAUUGAUGCGAUUAGGAAUGGACAUAAGGUUACAAAGUCCCUUAAGCCAGACUUUGUGCUGAUUAGACAGCAUGCGUUCAGCAUGGACAAGAACGGAGACCACCGGAACAUGGUGAUCGGAUUGCAGUAUGCUGGACUGCCAAGUGUCAACUCUUUGCACUCUGUCUACAAUUUCUGUGACAAACCAUGGGUGUUUGCUCAGAUGUCUAGACUUCACAAGCAACUGGGCCCGGAGGAGUUCCCACUAAUUGAGCAGGUUUACUAUCCAAACCACAAGGAAAUGAUUACUUCUCCUCGAUUCCCCGUGGUGGUAAAGAUGGGUCAUGCUCACUCAGGAAUGGGGAAGGUGAAAGUGGACAACCAAUAUGAUUUCCAAGAUAUCGCUAGUGUGGUGGCACUGACCAAGACUUAUGCCACCUCUGAGCCCUUUAUUGACGCAAAGUAUGACGUCCGCAUCCAGAAGAUCGGCAACAAUUACAAGGCUUACAUGAGAACAUCUAUUUCCGGCAACUGGAAAACUAACACUGGCUCAUCUAUGCUUGAGCAGGUGGCCAUGUCAGACAAGUACAGAAUGUGGGUAGAUUCUUGUGCAGACAUUUUCGGAGGGUUGGAUAUCUGUGCCGUGGAGGCUCUGCAUGGUAAAGACGGCAGGGACUACAUCAUAGAGGUUGACGACUGCUCAAUGCCACUGAUCGGGGACCAGCAGGAUGAGGAUCGUGUUCAGAUUGCAGAACUUGUGGUUUCUAAGAUGAACCAGUCGGUUCCACGCACUUCCAGCCCUUCCACAGCCCGCGCCACAGCAGCCCAGCCAGCACAGAAAGCAGUGUCUCCUCAGCCCAUCUCACAGCCCAGAGUACCACAGGCUCAACAGCGUCCCUCGCCUCAGGGUGGUCCCCAGCAAAGCCCCCCAUCUCAGCAGCGCCCACAACCUCAGGGCCAACCUCCUGCGCAGGCUCAGCAGCCUGGUGCCAGCCCCGCUGCUGGUGACCCCAGUACCCAGGCUAAGGCAACCCAAGGACCUGCGGCUCAACCACGGCCACCGGGUCCAGGUGCUUCUCAAGGCCAGAGACCUACUUCCGGGCAAGGCACUCCUCCACGUAGCCAGGGAGGCUCCCCUCAAGCUCAGAGGCAACAGUCUGUAACGCAGCAGCAGAAAGCGUCAGCAGCAGGCCCCGGCCAGAAACCUCCGGGUGGACAACCGCAGCAGCAGAGGCCCACUCAGCCCCCUAGGCAGCAGUCACAGGGGGGGGCGCAGCAACAGAGAGCUCCUGGCCAGCAGGGCCGUCCCGGAGCGGCCACCACCCAGCAGCCGCGACCCGCCGCUCAAGGCCAGGGGGGCCCGGGAGGACGACCCCCUCUGCAGCAGAAGCCGCAGCCCCCACAGAAGCCCAGUCAAGAUAGCCUGAGUGGCUCCCCACAACUAAACAAGUCCCAGUCUCUUACCAAUACCUUCAACAUUCCAGAAACCCCAGCGCCGCGAGCCAGCCUUAGCCAGGACGAGGUGAAGGCUGAAACCAUACGCAAUCUACGCAAAUCUUUUGCCAGUCUCUUCUCAGACUGAGACGGCAUAAGUCCCCUCUUCCCUCCUCCUCCUCCUCCUCCUCCUCCUCCUCCUACUGACAGAAAACAAGGACAGGCAAAGUGAAGGAAAGAUCCCUUCUACCCCCCCUCCCCAACACACACCAACGAACAAGGACCAACAGGACACCAUCUCCAAUUCACGUACAUUGAGCCUGAUGUGAAAAUGUACGCACUUGACACCCACUGCCUAAACAGUUAAAACGAACGAAAAGUAGAAUGAUGUUAGGCACAGAUGUCUGAAACAUUCCUUUGCCUUGCCUCAAGCUUAAGCAAGUCAUCCACACAAACUGUCGAAAGCCUGUAUAUGCAUGAACACACUUACACACAAAUAAGCAGCUGAACAACACAACACUGCUCCCACUUGUUUGUUGGUGCCGUAACGUCAUUGUGGUCUUUAUGUUUCAAUAAAUUAAGGCGCUGUACAAAAGUUAUGUGGAUCGAGAGGACUGCAGAAUCUUAGAUUUUCACCCUGCCUAGUGUUAUUGCACCCUGUUAGCUCAUGUUGUAUAUUUUUAAAAUGUGCUACGUGACAGCUACUCUCCGUGCUUGAAUGAAGAGAUAAAUAAUAAAUCAUCUGUUUGCCACAGCAGGGAACAAUGAACAGCAACAAGCAGGCGUGACGCCGCAAAAGACAAAAAGUCUCUUUUUCUGAGCUCCAUGUCACAAAUACAACAACUUUUACAAAAUACAAAUUCUCAAGCGGAAAUAUGGGUUAAGAUACAGUAAAAGACCACUCCCCCUUCAGCAGAAAUAACCCCUCCCUCCUUGUAGUUUUUGUACAGUGCCCACUUUUCACUACAGCUGCACACAUAGGAUGUCCCGUGUUAGCAAACUCUAGAUCAGUUCGAGCCGUUGACUGCUCAUAGUGAUGUCUUAGCUGCAUGUCAAUAGGAGGCAAUGGUUGCAUUUUCCAACCCCUGACUUUGGCGCUUGUAACUGUGUUGUCACAUGUAGUUGAAUUAGUUAGUAACGUAGCCUAGUUGGUGUCGUGAGUAUGUCGUGGCCCCUCACUCUUCCUCCCAUCCUUUGUCGCACAAGAACGAAAGCCCAAAGGCUCUCCACCUUAAAAGCAUGCCUUACACAGACAAGAGCGUCAAAUCAAAUGGAGCUGUCUCAGGGAUGUCCAGUUGAUUGUGACACUUGUGUGUGGGUGAGGGUCUUCCAUUGCAGUCUUAUCGUGGUUGUUUACAAAAGAGCGAAGGAAAAGCAUGCAUUUUGAUGAGGUGGGAUGUUUUAUUGUUUCAAACGCAUUUGCACACAGAGUAUACUGCAAAAUUAUACUUGAAUAACAAUGACAUGGACUGAUGUACGAAGUCUACAUUUUCAGGUUUUAUUCAUCUGCCACUCGACAAAGCGACAAGUCUCUGUUCCCUCCUCGGGGGGGGGGCGGCUGUGUCUGUGGCAGGUGGUGUACAGUAAGACACAGCACAGGCAGGGUUGGCUGUUCAGGUACAGUUAGCGAAAAGUGACAGUUUCAUUUCAUUGUCGCUUGACUUCAAAGCAACGUGACGAGAAAACCCCGUGACUGUAAAGGCAGCCGUUAGAGUUUAGCGGAUGUACAGUAAUAUUUUCGGAUUUAGCGGUAGGUGGGAUUUGGGAUUUUGCACUUCAACAUGGAGCCUGUGUCGUGCAGCGCAGCAGAGCUUCUGCCUCCGUGUGUGCUUCUCGGUUUUCAACGGGUUCAUUUACUGCGAGAAGAGGCCAUGCUCCAAAGCAUACUCAGCCAAGGAAUGUAUCAUAAUGAGGUUCAUCUAUACAAUAAAGAAAGGAAAACAUUGUAAAGAAUGAAAAUAAAAAUGGGAAUGUCAACGGUAAGAUGCUCCUCUGCAGUAGAUUUAACACUUACUGCCACCUUUUCUUUGCACUGAUGAAGCGUUCUUUGGUCACUAGUCCAAGUUAAACAGUCAUUUUUUUCCAGGCACUAAAUACGUCUUCCAGAUGGAGUGUAUACAAUUGUUGGUACAGUAUGGCAAUAUCAUGCUUUUUAGAGAAGACCCAAUAGCCAAAAGUCUGACGAAGUCCUGGCCUCUCCCUCCCCCCUGCAGACUCUCUAUGCUGCCUGUGUUUAUCGGUCUAUUUGUGUAGCCACAGUGACCCCUUGUGCUCAAUGGUGCAUUAACGUGUGAAUGUUGUUCUGUAACUGGUCAAACCAAAUAGAUGUGCUGUACAGAGCUCUGAGUGAUGCAGAUUGUCGCCUCUUUCCCCCCUGCUGCUAUUUGUGCUUGUUGAUAACGCGUGUGUCUCUAUUUAUUUAUUUUUUUAGCUUCCUUGAAUUAUUUUGUACUCGAAUCAUCUUCUUCUGUGAGGCACCACUAUCUGGGCCUUUAUGCAUUCGCGAGCUGUAUUUUUAAACUUUACAGCACUCAGUAUGUAAUAUUCCGACUUAGCCCGCUGUCAGGAUAAUCAGUGAGAGCAGUAAUUGUUACGCUGAGUGUGUAAUUUAUGAAAAUGAGCUAUCACAUUAAGCAUGGAUGGUUAACUUUGAAAAAUAUCAUUUUGUCAGUGGCCUCUGGGCCGUGCUGAGACACACCAUUCGCCACGGCGCCUCCUGCAACAGGCGGGAAGAGCCGCGGCAGCAACGCAUAGAAGUAGUUUUGUAUUUAUGUUUUUAUUUUUAAUAUUCACAGAGCUUUCUUUCUUUUAAACGUUUACAUUCUUCAUGGUGGCUAUAUUUGACUGUGAAUGUACCUCGUUUCCUCCCAUGCAGCUAGUUCUGUUGUUUCCUCAAUGCACUGUAUAAUCAUUGUGAAAAGAUGAAAUCGUUGCAGAUUCGAGUGAUACCGAUAGUCGGUCGAUGCCUGCCAGAUUUAAAAAAAGUACGUCAUAAGUGUAAAAUCAAAAAGCUGAGGUUUUUGCUAAUCAAAAAAUAAGUUACCGCAUAAUGUAAAUCAUGGUGGAAUAUUGAAUUAAAUGUAAAAAAAAUAUAUAUAGAUGUUAUAUGCAAUGUAGUUAUAUUAUGUGAAAUUGAGUAUGUUAUUAAAACAUGCACAUGUCUAAUAAAGUCAAUGACCAUCA